AUGAGAGGUUGUGUGGAGGAAGAAGACAAAUCAGAGUCUCCAACAUCCAUCUGUGUGUCCAAACAUUUUCCUACAGACUUCAGUGAUGAAGCUGGACCUUCAGACUUAAAGGUGGAGGACAGACGAAGCAGCGCUACACCUGACAGACAUGAAGGAUAUUCAUCCACAUCCAACACAACCCUUGAUGUGUCCGAGGACAACAGAGAAGAUCCGCUGAAUCCUGAUGAUCCAGAGAGGUUGAAGCAGCAGCAGCAGCAGCUUGCUGGAGAGAAUCUGACUGGGACAAAUCACUGGAAGGACUUCACACCCAAAGUGCUGACUGAGUCUGCAAACAUUUCAUACAGGUUCAAGUGUCCUGGUCCAGGUGUGUUCAGGUGUUCUUUGACUAGACUGGUGUUUGAUAUGGCUCAGAAGGCGGAGCUGCUGUACAGGACUGUCCAAUGGGAUGACAGUCGCCUACAACCAGCUGGCAAGAUGGCUGCAGGGCCGCUGUUCAACAUCCAGAGUCCUGACGGUGCUGUCAGUCAGCUCCAUCUGCCACACUGUGAAACCAUGGAUGCUCCACUCCCUGAAGGUGUGCUGUCUGUCGUCCACAUCACUGAUGAUGGAAUGAGCAUCUUGCAACCGUUGGAGAUUACAGACACUCAUGUGGUUGUGAACGUCCCUCACUUCUCUGCCUUUGGCCUGGUCUGGGAUGUUGUUAAGAGGUUUCUGAACAUCACGCUACCAAUCAGUGGCCAGGUUCUGCUGUUCCUCCGACCUAUGGACGAAUGUCUUCAAAAACUCAAUGUAUUUCUGCUGCAGGACAACAUUCCUUUGACAGAGGUUGAAGGCCAACAAGGAGAAGCUCAGUACAUCGAGAUCUCUUCCAAAUGUAAGCUCAGAAGUGGUCAAAGUUACAGUGUUCACUGUGAACCUGAGGCAUCCACAAUACAGCCUGAGCAUGAGGAAUUUUGCCCAACGUAUGGAUCAAAUUUCCACCCAACAUUUGAGGUUUUCCUCUCUACAAACCCAGAGAAAGUGACUUUGAUGGUCCAAGACCAGGAGAGGUCACAAGUGUGGAAACGUGUUGUGUAUCUGAGAGGUCCAAGAAGGGAAAAUCUACAGAGGACUCUCCCAGCAGGGGACAUCGUCUCAGCACAGACAGCCGAGAUGAAGAAGAUGGACCUCCUCAACAUUCUGGAGCAUUUAAAAGAUGAUGAAUUCAAGACCUUCAAGUGGCACCUGAAGGAGGAAAAGGUGGAUGACAUUGAACCCAUCAACGUGAGCCAGCUGGAGGAGGCAGCGAUGCGGGACGUGGUGGAUCUGAUGGUGCAGAAAUAUGGAUUUGCUGGAGCUGUGACGGUGAUGAAGAGUACUUUAAAGAAAAUCAGCAGGAAUGAUCUGGUGAUGAAGUUGUGAAACAUCGGCUCAGCAGCAGAAGGUCCUGGUCCUGGUCCUGGUCCUGUACUUUGACUGUCCCUGCAGGAAUGAAGCUGAUGUCUGUUCAGAGAAACCAUCAGGUCAUAACUGAUGAUGAAAUGGAGUUUGCCGGCAGAGAGACUCUGACUGGGCCAUGUUACUGGGAGGUAGAGUGGAGAGGAGAGCUUCAUCCAGCAGUGACUGACAGAGGAAUCAGAAGAAGUGCAGAUGAGUCUCAGUGCUGCAGUCUGAACUGGUCUGAGAACAGCUCCACUGUCACACACAAAGUCAAGUCCACCAUCAUCCCUGUGUUUUCCUCUGGAUCUGACAGAGUAUCAUCAGUGUAUCUGGACUGCUCUGCUGCUGCUCUGUCCUUCUACACAGUCUCUGCAGACACACCCAGACUCCUCCACUCAACCACCUCCUCCACCCUCCUCCUGGACCUGAGUCUCAGUCUGGAUUUUGGUCCAUGUGGAUCAUCUCCAGCAGAGGCUUGUUUAGAAAGACUUUCCUGCCUUUGUAUAUAAGUUGUAUAUAUGUUUUAAAUGUGUAUAAGUUUUAAAUGUCUCUUUACUGUCAGACAUGUGACCAUCUGUAUCUGUUGAAACCAGAGUGACACUGCAGAUUAUUGCAGAAUCACUUGACACUAUAACCGUUAAUUUACAGGAUUGUACAUAUCAGAGAAUAUUGACGUAUAUUAUAUAUCAAUAUAUAAUAUUGAGUAGGCUAGUAGUGUGAUGCGUGAAACAAACAUCCCUCAGGAUUAUGUGAGAUCUGUCAAAUAGAGGAAUCAGUGCAGCAUGUAAUUUUUCACCGUCAUAAAUACUCUUGAGAAGGUGAAACAUUAAAGAGGGAAAUCAGGAAGCUUGAAGUGGAAGAAAUGAGUCUAAAAAUGUAUUUGCCAUCAGGUUAGUGAGUCUAUUUCAUUAUAUGAAAGAAACUGGGCUGAUCAAAAGAAAUUAGUGUUCAGUGAAAUAUAGGAGAUGAGUCAUAACAUUUCUGAUAUGCAAGAAUGUUUGUUGCUUCACAUCUAUGAGACUCUGUGUGUUUGUUCUGUUUCAUUUAAUUAAAUAAAGAUUAAACAUGACAAUUAA